AUGACAUCUUUAGAUUUUCAUAAACUAUGCCCUUUGGCUUAUUGCCUUGUCUUAUUCGUACAACUUCUUUCACCGCCAAGUUUUUGUGCUUUUGCUUAUGCUACUUCUACUACUGAAGCAGAAGCACUUCUCAUAUGGAAAGCCACCUUUCAAAACCAUACCCGCCUGCAAAAUCUCACCUCGUGGACUUACCUACCCGCUCAUACAAAAGCAGCCCCAUGUUUCUGGACUGGUAUUUCAUGCAAUGCUGUUGGAAGUGUUAGUGUGAUAAACCUUACCAAUUCCGGUAUACAAGGUACGCUACAUGAGUUUUCAUUCUUGUCUUUUCCCAAUCUUCAAUACCUCAAUCUCAGCUACAAUAAUCUCUUUGAUGCCAUUCCCGCUCAGAUCAAUUCCCUCUCCAAACUCAUCUCACUUGAUCUUUCUAACAAUUGGCUCAGUGGUUCAAUCCCAACAUCUUUCGGUGAUCUCACAAACAUUAAAUUUCUCUAUCUCUACCGAAAUAAUCUUUCUAGCACAAUUCCAAAAGAGAUAGGGAAAUUGAAAUCUCUUGUGGACCUAAGAUUGUCUUUUAACCAGCUCAGCUGUUCAAUCCCAACAUCCCUAGGUGAUCUCACAAACCUUACCACUCUCUAUCUCAAUAAUAAUAAUCUUUCUAGCACAAUUCCUAAAGAGAUAGGGAAAUUGAAAUCUCUUAUGGACCUAGAAUUGUCAGAGAAUCAGCUCAGCGAUUCAAUCCCAACAUCCCUAGGUCAGCUCACAAACCUUACCACUCUUUAUCUCUAUAGUAAUAAUCUUUCUGGCACAAUUCCUAAAGAGAUAGGGAAAUUGAAAUCUCUUUUGGACCUAAGAUUGUCUUUUAACCAGCUCAGCUGUUUAAUCCCAACAUCCCUAGGUGAUCUCACAAACCUUACCACUCUCUAUCUCAAUAAUAAUAAUCUUUCUGGCACAAUUCCAAAAGAGAUGGGGAAAUUGAAAUUUCUUGUGGACCUAGAAUUGUCAUAUAACCAGCUCAACGGUUCAAUCCCAACAUCCCUAGGCCAGCUCACAAUCCUUACCACUCUCUAUCUCUAUAGUAAUAAUCUUACUGGCACAAUUCCUAAAGAGAUAGGGAAAUUGAAAUCUCUUUUGAAGCUAGAUUUGUUUGGGAAUUACCUCAAUGGUUUAAUCCCAAAAUCCCUCUGUGAUCUCACAAACCUUACCAUUCUCUAUCUCCAUCGUAAUAAUCUUUCUGGCACAAUUCCAAAAGAGAUAGGGAAAUUGAAAUCUCUUGUGCACCUAGGAUUAUCUUAUAACCAGCUCAACGGUUCAAUCCCAACAUUCCUCGGUGAUCUCACAAACCUUACCACUCUCUAUCUCAAUAAUAAUAAUCUUUCUGGCACAAUUCCAAAAGAGAUGGGGAAAUUGAAAUUUCUUGUGGACCUAGAAUUGUCUUAUAACCAACUCAACGGUUCAAUCCCAACAUCUCUUGGUGAUUUCACAAACCUCGCCACUCUUUAUCUCAAUAAUAAUAAUCUUUCUAGCACAAUUCCUAAUGAGUUAGGGAAAUUAAAAUCUCUUGUGAACCUACAAUUGUCUUAUAAUCAGCUCAGUGAUUCAAUUCCCGCUUCAAUAGGUAAUCUAGUCAACUUGAAAAUCUUACACCUAACAGAUAACCAACUUUCUGGCUCCAUCCCCUCAGAGAUAAAGAAUUUGAAGAAGUUGACUAAAUUGCAAUUGCAUAAUAACCAAUUAAUAGGUUAUUUGCCCCAAAAUAUUUGCUGUAGUGGACAACUCCAAAACCUUUCAGUGGGCAAUAACCAUUUGACAGGUCCAAUCCCCAAAAGCUUGAAAACAUGCAAGAGCUUAGUUAGAGUUCGUCUUGAAGGGAACCAAUUCACAGGCAAUAUAUCAAAAAACUUUGGUGUUUAUCCAAAUCUUGAUUUCAUAGAUAUGAGCCACAAUAAGUUUUAUGGUGAAAUCUCACAAAAAUGGGGACAAUGUGCACAAUUAGAAACCUUACUAAUUGUGGGAAACAACCUUAUUGGUAGCAUACCUCCUGAGAUUGUCAAUGCUCAUAAAAUCCAUAGACUUGACCUUUCUUCAAAUCACUUAGUUGGGGCCAUUCCAAAGGGAUUCGGGAGAAUGACUUCUUUGCAGAAGUUGAUGCUAAAUGGAAAUCAACUUUCAGGUUGUAUACCUUCAGAAUUUGGAUUACUAGUUGAUCUUGAAUACCUUGACUUGUCAUCAAACAAAUUCAAUGGGUCAAUUGCAAGCACUUUAGGCAACUUUCUCAAACUGUACCAUCUGAAUUUGAGCAACAAUCAUUUUUCCCAUGGAAUUCCAUUGAAGUUGGAAAAGUUAGUUAUGUUGAACGAACUUGAUUUGAGUUGCAACUCACUUAAAGGUAGCAUACCGCCAGAAAUCAACAAUAUGGAGAGUUUGGAGACACUCAAUCUUUCUCACAACAAUCUUUCGGGUUUCAUACCACCAAGCUUUGAAGGCAUGCACGGCUUGUCGUACGUGGAUGUAUCUUACAAUGAAUUGGAAGGCCCCAUUCCCAACAACAGUGCAUUUCGACAAGCUCUGUACUUACAAGGGAAUAAAGGAUUGUGCGGCAACGUCGAAGGUUUGCAACCUUGCACACAUGGCCCAAGAAAGGAUUGCAAAUGGGUAUUUGGAAUCACAUUCUCCUUUAUAGCAGCAAUUUUACUUCUUUCUGCUUUCUUUACAAUUAAAUUUGUAGUGGAAAGAAAGGAGAAGCAUCCAGAUAAAGCAGAAAAACACUUGCAUGAAGAAAUAUCGUUUUCAGUUUUAAAUUUUGAUGGAAAGUCAAUGUAUGAGGAAAUCAUAAGGGUGACAGAAAAUUUUGAUUCCACAUAUUGCAUCGGGAGCGGAGGACAAGGAAGCGUCUACAGAGCAAAUUUGUCAAGUGACAACAUAGUGGCUGUGAAAAAAUUACAUCAAUUGUGGGAUGGCGAGAAGAAUUUGGAGAUGGCAUUCUUGAACGAAAUAAGGGCACUUUCAGAGAUAAGACACCGAAAUAUCGUGAAGCUUUAUGGUUUCUGUUCACACCAUCAACACUCGUUCUUGGUGUACAAGUUUGUUGAAAGAGGUAGCUUGGCUGCAAAUUUGAGUAAAGAUGAAGAAGCUAAAGAAAUAGGGUGGAGAAAAAGGGUGAAUAUUGUUAAAGGUGUAGCUCAUGCCUUGGCAUACAUGCACCACGAUUGUGUGCCACCAAUUGUGCACCAAGACAUAUCAAGCAAGAACAUUUUGUUGGAUUCUGAAUAUGAGGCCUUUGUUUCAGACUUUGGCAUUGCUAUGUUUUUGAAUCCAGACUCAACUACUUGGACUGCCGUUGCAGGCACAUAUGGGUAUGUCGCACCAGAACUUGCAUAUACCAUGAAAGUGAACGAAAAGUGCGAUGUUUAUAGCUUUGGAGUGGUUGCAUUGGAAACAAUCAUGGGAAGGCAUCCCGGAGAUUUUUUCUCGUCUUUCUCAUUGGUGCCUUCUUCAUCCACGUCAUCAUCAGCAUCUACAUUACCACCCCAUCAAAUGUCAAUUGUGGAUGUUUUGGACCAACGCAUUUUGCCUCCAACACAUCAAGAAGCAGGAGAAGUACUCUCUAUUGUGAAGAUUGUGUUUUCAUGCUUGAAUCCCAGUCCGCACUCUCGCCCUACAAUGAAACAAGUUUCUCAACUCCUCUCAACUCAUAAGAUGCAUUUGUCGAAGCCAUUAUGUAUGAUAACCUGCGGUGAAUUGCUUGCUAUUGAUCCUUUGACGGCCUGAAAAGUAGAUAAUGUGCUUGUUUCCAAUUAAUAAAUUUCGAGACUUCAUUUUUGAAGAAAGAUUCUUCGUAGAU